GAAGAGCAAUCAAAUCCCAGAGACUCGUUCUUUAAAAACGACAUCAGCUUCCAAAACCUCUUCAGUCACAGCAGCCAUGGCAGCCCGCAAACGAGGAGGAGCUUCAAAACCACCGCCCCCCGCCGCCGAAUCACCACCACCGCAACCCGUGGCAACAUCCACCGAGCCGCAGAUCAGUGCAUCAAAACCUACAAAAAUCCUCUUAUUCUCUCUAGUUUUCUUCAUUCCGUACCUUUACCUCAUAUUUUAUCACUAUUCGAUCGAAUCGGAGUUGAAGAGAUCCAUCCUUAUCAAUGCUUCACUCAGCUUUGCUGGAUUUUUUGUAACCCUAGUCAUGAUUCCGGUUGCUUCUAGAUAUGUUCUCAGGCGUAAUUUGUUUGGUUAUGAUAUUAACAAGAAAGGCACGCCUCAAGGCCUUGUUAAAGUGCCUGAAUCCCUUGGUAUCGUUGUGGGCAUUGUUUUCUUGGUUGUGGCAAUUUUGUUUCAGUAUUUCAAUUUCACAUCAGAUUCAAAUUGGCUUGUUGAGUAUAAUGCUGCUUUAGCAUCUGUCUGCUUCAUGAUUUUGCUUGGGUUUGUGGACGAUGUAUUGGAUAUUCCUUGGCGAGUGAAACUAGUAUUGCCAUCAAUUGCUGCUCUCCCUCUGUUGAUGGCCUAUGCCGGGCAUACAACAAUUAUGAUACCAAAGCCACUUGUUGAAUAUGUUGGAACCGAAAUCUUGGAUUUAGGAUGGAUUUAUAAGCUAUAUAUGGGACUUUUGGCCGUCUUCUGCACAAACUCAAUCAACAUCCAUGCUGGCAUCAAUGGCCUUGAAGUUGGGCAAACUGUUGUUAUAUCAUUCGCGAUUUUGAUUCACAAUAUCAUGCAAAUAGGAGUAUCCUCCAAUGAUGAAACUAAACAGGCUCAUGCAUUCUCCAUGUACCUUGUCCAACCGUUGCUUGCAACUUCAUUGGCGUUACUUUCUUAUAAUUGGUACCCAUCUUCUGUUUUUGUUGGUGACACGUAUACAUACUUUUCUGGAAUGACGAUGGCUGUUGUUGGCAUUUUAGGCCAUUACAGUGAGACGCUCCUAAUAUUUUUCCUUCCUCAAAUUAUAAAUUUCCUAUUGUCACUUCCUCAGCUGGCAGGUAUUAUUCCCUGUCCACGUCACCGGCUUCCAAGGUUCGACCCUCAGACGGGACUACUGACUGGAACAAAUGAUGGAACACUUGUGAACGUUUCCUUGAGAUUAUUUGGCCGGAGAUCUGAAAAGUCUCUAUGCAUCUUGCUAUUGAUUCUCCAGGCACUUGGUUGCUGCUUCUGUUUUUUGCUGAGGUGGAUCCUCACUGGUUGGUAUAAAUGAGCUAUGAUUAUGGCUUAAAAGAGUUUUUGGCUGGCUAUAUAUCGAUCGAAGUUCAAGACCGUACUGUUACUUGAAAAAGAGGUGUUGUAUCAAUGAACUGACUGGAUUAGUAUAAGCACAUAGGAUCUUUAAUGUUUCUUUAUACAAAUGAAUUCGGUAUGCUGCUCCAUUCAUAGAGAAACCAAAAUACAUUUGAUCAAAUUUGUUUGCCUUA